AACAGUAUUCUUCAUUUCAAUUCUGCCACCUGAGAACCUACUGAGAUAUUUCUGUGGUGGCAAAGGUGCCGAUGGGGUCUGAUCUGUUACUAUACCAUUACAAUGUGCUGCUUAUUGUAAAUGUUUCUUUUCUUCUCAUGCUGUAUUGCUGUUUUCAGUUUGUCUUGGAAAUCUUAAUUUAUAUUCUUUAGCACAUUGUGUUCAUUCAGUAAGAUUAUUAUUUCAAUUUUGUAGUUUUUAAGAUUUGUAAAUUUGAAGGGUUAGUAAUAUGCUCAACUAAUGCCUAUUUUUAGUCUGCAGUUGUAUAUAUGUUGCUUAGGUUUGUUGUUGAUUGGGUUGAUGGACAAAUCAGUUACCUUGAAGCUCGUGAAACUGCAGUUGCUGUUAGCUUCUGUAUGAGUUUAAUUCAGCUGUACUCAUCUCAAAAUAUUGGCAAGAUUUCUCUGAGCCGUUCGAAGAGCAUGUGCUCUGAAGAAGAUACUGAGAGGUACAAGGAUAUACGAGCUUUGCUUCAAUUACUUUCAAGCCUCUGUUCAAAAGAUCUGAUUGAUUUUUCAUCAGAGGCCAUCGAAACUCAGGGUACUAACAUUUCUCAGGUAGUAUACACAGGUCUUCAUAUAGUCACCCCUCUAAUAAGUAUGGAUCUUUUAAAAUACCCGAAACUUUGUCACGAUUACUUCUCAUUGCUAUCACAUAUGCUGGGAGUUUAUCCUGAAAUGGCUGCACAAUUAAAUAAUGAAGCUUUUGCUCAUAUUGUUGGAACCUUGGAUUUUGGUUUACACCAUCAGGAUGUAGAAGCUGUUGAUAUGAGUCUACAAGCAGUGAAUGCACUUGCUUCUUACCACUACAAGGAGAGAGGUGCUGGUAAAAUUGGGUUAGGUUCCCGUGCUGCAGCUUCCACAGACUCUGCUGGAAACCUUCAAGAAGGCAUUCUAAGCAAUUUCCUUCGUUCACUGUUGCAAUUUCUUCUAUUUGAGGAUUACAGCAAUGACAUUGUCGGCUCAGCUGCGGACGCUCUUCUUCCAUUAAUCCUCUGCGAACAAGAUCUUUACCAGAGAUUAGGACAUGAAUUGAUUGAGAGGCAGGCAAACCCGACAUUCAAAUUAAGGCUAACAAAUGCAUUCCAGUCUCUCACAAGUUCAAAUGGUAUCUCUUCCACUCUAGAUCGCUUAAAUUACCAGAAGUUCCGAAAAAACCUACGGGCAUUUCUUAUCGAAGUUCGUGGAUUUCUUCGGACAGUAUGAGUCUCAUGGGGUUUUGCAAAGAGUACUUUGUUUGGCUUGGAGCAGCCAAUGUUUUAUAGUGUAAAGUAGGGGACACUCAAUCUACUGCUCAUAAUUUAUGGAAUAGGAGUAAAAUUUUCUUUUGAAUUCAUCUCUUGUGCCCUUUGGCAUUUUUUAUUUAUUAUUGUUUUUUUUUACAAAUUAUUGUGACCGUUUGAGCGGGAUGUCUCUUGAAAACACCAUCCCUGAGUAGUAACAAGGUU